GUGGGGUAGGUUCGCUGCUCGUGCGGAUUAAAGUACACUUUUUAUUUACGUUUAGAAAAUCGUGUUAGUGUGUCAAACUUAUUAGGAUAUUCGUUUUUCUGUAUCAUGCUUAGUUAAUAUAGUGUCGUUAAUAAGCGUAAUGUGUUGAUUGUGAAGUGUCGAAAUUUUAAAUUUAGUUGUUUACGAUGGAUGUGAACUCGAAGUAUUACGAGGGCUGUGGGCAAGAAGGGCCGAUACGCUGCAUAUUUCUGUGUGAAUUCCACCCGACGGCCGGCCCUAAGAUAACAUGCCAAGUGCCAGAAAACUAUAUUUCGAAGGACAUUUUUGAUACGGUCAGCCACUACAUCAUUCCAAAAGUGCAACUACAGCGUUGCACUUUGACUGUCACUCUCCUCGGAUCAAAGAUCCUGGGUUUCCCAGUGAGGAUAGACAACAAGAAAUAUGCCCGUAACGCCUUCUACUUCAACCUGUGCUUCGUGUGCGACGCCUGGGCCCGGACGGUGCACCUGGAGCCCCUUGUCAAGAAGCUAACGGAAUACCUUUUGUCGAUGGAGCUAGAAACGGAAUGGCUGUCGAAGCAGUCGGUGUCGGGCGAGGCGGGCGCGCUGGCGGCGCUGAUGCGGCAAGUCAUGCAGGAUAUCAAUAGCAAACGCAUGUGCACACUCACUGUGGGCACAACAACGACGCACCUCACCGUGGUGAGGGUGAACAGCGAUCCAUCGCCAGUGAAGGACCAUCAGGUGCCCGUGUUCCUGUACAGUAGACAGAGCUUCGUCGCGGACCAAUGGGACCUCACCACCAAUCAGGUGAGAAUAGUUCUUACAGUGGGCGUAACAAUGACACCUCACCGUGGUGAGGGUGAACAGCGACCCCGUGAAGCACCAUCAAGUACCCGUGUUCCUGUACAUUAGACAGAGCUUCGUCGC